UCCCGGUGAAGCCAUGCUGCCACUGUAAUCCAUUAGUUUUGAAGAUUUGUGCAUAAUAAUCCGGAUUAAAAGCAGUUUUGACCGAGCCGUUCACUCAGCGGACUGUUGACACAUUUGAGGCCGAACAUGAAGACUUUCUGCGGACGAGCCAACCCGACCACCGGAGCUGUGGACUGGGUGGAGGAAGGCGAGGAGUAUGACUACCACCAGGAGAUAGCCCGGUCCUGUUACGCAGACAUGCUGCAUGAUCAUGACAGGAAUGAGAAGUACUACCAGGGCAUCCGGGCCGCUGUGGCCAGAGUGAAGGCUCGUGGUGAGAAGGCCAUCAUCCUGGACAUCGGGACAGGGACGGGCCUGUUGUCCAUGAUGGCCGUCACUGCUGGAGCCGACUACUGCUACGCUGUGGAGGUUUUCAAGCCCAUGGCCACCGCCGCCCAGAGCAUCGUGGAGAAGAACGGCUUCUCUGACAAGAUCAAAAUUAUUAACAAACACUCCACUGAUGUCACUGUGGGACCAGAUGGAGAUAUGCAAAUGAAGGCCAACAUCCUGAUCACAGAACUGUUUGAUACAGAGCUGAUAGGUGAAGGAGCCCUGCCCAGCUAUGAGCAUGCUCACCACAAUCUGGUCCAGGAGGGCUGUGAGGCGGUCCCUCACCGGGCCACCGUCUACGCCCAGCUGGUGGAGUCGGAGCUGCUGUGGAGCUGGGCUCAGCUGCAGGAGGUGGAGGUGGAGGGGACCCGGCUGGUGCCUCCACCCGCCGUGGGUCACUGCAGCGGAGCUCAUGCAGUGUGUGACAUCCAGCUGAGCCAGGUCUCUCCUCACAGUUUCAACCCCCUCGGUCCUGUCUGCACCAUGUUCAGUGUGGACUUCAGUAAACCAGUAAGCAGCGCCCCCCAGUCCCACUCAUCCCAGUUCGCGGCUCAUCAUGGGGGUCGGGCCCAGGUGGUGCUGUCCUGGUGGGACAUCGACAUGGAUCCCAGUGGAACCAUCGUGUGUUCCAUGGCUCCCAGCUGGUCGUACCCACAGCAAAAGACGGCACCGUGGCGGGACCACUGGAUGCAGAGUGUGUACUUCCUGCCGGCAGAGAGUAAGGUGACAGAAGGGGAGGAGCUCAGCAUGACUGUCUGCCAUGAUGACUACAGUCUGUGGUACAGUCUGCAAACUCACAGCCAGCAGAACUCACACAGCGAGGCUCCUCCCUCUCGACCGUGCUGCACCUGCCAGGCCCACCUGGUUUGGACCAGGCCACGAUUCGGUGAACUCAACGACAAGCUUCGCACAGAAAGUUACGUCAGCGCACUGCGAAGUGUUCUGAGAGAGGACAGCGUGUGUCUUGGCGUCAGUGAUGGAAGUCUUCUUCCUGUGUUUGCUCACACGCUCGGAGCCAAGAAGGUCUUCAGUUUGGAAAACUCAAGAAUGUCCAAACAAGUGAUCGAGCAGGUGUUGGAAGCCAACUCGAUGAAAGGAGGCGUUGAGCUGUUGGAAAUCAGAGCCGAACAGCUGAGCAGUAAUGAUCUGGGAGGAGAACUGAUCUCAGUCCUGAUGGGUGAACCGUACUUCAGCACCAGCCUGUUGCCAUGGCACUCCCUGUAUUUUUGGUACUGUCGCACCGCCCUGGCAGGCCUUCUGCGACCCGACGUCACCAUCCUGCCCUGCUCCGCCACCCUUCACAUGGUGGCCGUGGAGUUCCAGGAUCUGUGGAGGAUAAGAGCACCGUGUGGAACAUGUGAGGGAUUUGACGUUACCCCCAUGGAUGAAAUGGUCCAGCAAUCUCUGGAUUUCCACGAGUCCCGUGAGGCCGAGCCCCACCCUCUGUGGGAAUACCCGUGUCGCGCCCUGACCCAGUCUAAAGCCGUCAUGACCUUUGACUUCACACAAUGUGUCCCUCAACAGCCAAUCAUCAGUCAGGGCUCACUACCUCUGAUAAGGAGUGGUCGUUGCCACGGUGUCGCCUUGUGGAUGGAAUACAACCUAACCAAUGACAUCACCGUCAGCGCAGGCCUAAUUGGACCGUUCAGCAAGCAGGGUGACUGUGAGUGGAGCCGACACAGGAAGCAGGGAGUCUAUUUCUUCAGGUCAGCGUGGGACAGCUCAGGUGACAGCAGAGCCAGCGUGUCUUACAACUUCACCUUCGAACCCAGUUUAGGAGACAUCAAGAUGGACUUCAGCGUGGACUCUGAAUGAUGUGGAGCUAAGGAAGGACUCUCUCUGUGCUUUUUCCACUGUCAACAUCAUGAGUGAAUAUUCAACAUGUGUGGUUCAGCCAGUAGUUAUUGUUUUGACAGUUGCCUUUAUGAAAUCACUUGAUAUCUGAACAGUUGUAACAGGACCGUUGUCAUUCCUUAACUGUGCAGAGUUCAGUGUUUACUGCUGUUUUUAUGUUGCAGAAGUCACACAUCACACAGGUGUUCAGUUCUUUUAAAAAAUUAAAAACAUGCUGAGGAAUAUGAAAUCUGUCUACCAAAGAAUUUUACCAAUAACAAAUAAUUAUAUUCAGUGAUGAUAAUUCAUGUUAAGGGCAUCUCAUAAACCAAUAUUUAAGUUUAAG